AUGAGCAACUACAUCUGGAACAACACCUACUCGCUGGAAUUCCUAAGCGAAGAUUUUUACGAGCUGAACAUCAGCACGAAGGACAACGUGUAUGAAGUUGUGAGGAAGAGGAAAGAUGACAAUGAGGUGGAAAGCCUGAGCAUUAACAUAAGCAACCACAUAUGCAUGUUCGUGCAGCUGUUAGAUAACUUGUUGGGGAAAAUCAGUUACAAUAACAGUACAAUCAAUGACACGUUAAAUUAUAAAAAACUGUCGGAUGUAUUCCACUUUGUAAAAAAUCAACUGUAUAAUUGUGACUACAGUUUGUUCUUGAGGAUUUAUUCCAUUUACCAUACGUAUAAUCAUAGGAAAAAUGGGUACCUCGACGUGAACAAUCUGUACACGUUCAUUUUGGACAUAAUAAAUAAAAUUGAAAAUUUGAAUGAAAAUAAUUUUUUGAUUCUCCCUGGAGGGUUUUACUUACAAAAGGAAAAAAUGCUAAUUAAAAUUCUGUACAUAAUUCAUAAAAAAAAUAAUAUGUACAGCUUUGCCGUUUUAAAUAAUUCCAUUUAUGGCAUUCAGUACCAUCCGUUCAAGAUUGACGAAGUGGAAAACUUGGGGGUCCUCCUAAGGGAUGUAACUUUGUGUAUAAAAAAUGUUAGCAAAAAUUUCCUCACCAAUUCCCUAUUUUGGCUGUGUCUGUACCGGCUGUAUAUUUUCCCCAACCCGGACAACGUGGACAUUUUGUACCAGGUGCUGCUGCCAUAUUUGAACAACUCCUUUUUGACCAACAACUGGAAUUUGGGCAAUAAUAAGACGGUCCGGGUGUCCCAGCUGGGGGGGGGCGGCGCUGUUAGUGGGGUUAGCACCGUUAGCGGCGUCAGCGGUGGAGGAGUGGGCCAUGUUAGCAGCGCUAGUGCCGACCCCUACGGAGACGUGUUCGGCCCGAUGGGAAACGGCCCCAAUUCGCAGAACCAUUUGGGUGGCACGUAUAACUAUGCAAGCAGCUCGAGUCACCACGGUAGGAAUCGCGCGGGGGGGAAUUUCGGCGACCUUGGCCCAGCGACCACUUUUAGCGAACGAAGUCAAGUGCCUGGUUUUAGCAAUUUCGGCCAAACGCCCAGUUUUAGCAACUUCGGCCAAACGCCCAGUUUUAGCAACUUCGGCCAAACGCCCAGUUUUAGCAACUUUGGCCAAACGCCCAGUUUUAGCGACUUUGGCCAAGUGCCCAAUUUCAACAGCCCCGGGCACGUGUCCAACCUAAUCAACUUGGACCAUGUGGGCAGCGGAGCGGGGGAUUUCCCAAGUGGAAACAAAUUUAACAGAUAUGAAAGCGGCCCGUCGCAGCAGCCGGACUACUUCAGCGCGUUCGACUUUGUGGACAGGGUGGAUCCCCGGGAGGGGGGCAACCAUAUGUACGGCGGUGUUGGCGGCGGUAUGGGAAGUGGUUUUGGCAGCGGCGUGGGCAGCGGGCAAGCCCACCACGACUUCUUCAGCGACGGAAGGGGAAACCAACAGGCGGCGAGCGAAAGUGAGAAGAACGGAGGCAUAUACGUAAACAUUUACAAAAACAAAUUCACCUCCUUCUCCAUGAGCUUAUACUACUGCAUCAUUUACAUCCUGAAAGUUCUGAACAUACAAGAGGAAGACAUCGAGGUGUUCAAAAUUUUUCUGUACUAUAGCAUCGUCUUGAAAUUGUGUGACGAUUUGUUUGUGUAUGAUAAUGCAGAGAGGAGUCGCCUCGAAGGUUCCAACUCUAGACUUAUGGGAACAGGAAAGGGGAACUUCCUCUCCAGUAGAAGCGACAAUAAGGAAGCCCCCUUUUUUGGGAACAACACAUCGUACCCAGGUGACGGCUUCUCCCCCACAAUGGACAUUAACCACUUGAGUGGGGGCUACGACCACGGGGGGGACGGACAACAAGUGUACCUUCAUAAUGAUGGCAACAUUUCAAAGAGCAACAUAUACGGAAGAAGCGAAAUGAAAAAGGACCCAAACAAAAUAGACUCCACCUUUUUCGUCUUCCUAGACAUGAGCGUGAGAAAAUUGUGUAUCCUCUUUCACCAAUAUUUUUGUAAAAUGAAAAUGGGAAUAUACAACAAAAAUAAAAUGAUAAAAAAUGAGAUUCUAAAUGAAAUAUUGAAAAAGGUAAUAUUUGUAAAAUACAUGUACAGCAAGGUGGAGUCCAGAUUUUAUGCCGAUGUGACUAUAACCGGUGGUGGAGAGUUAAUAAAAGGUAAAAACUACCAAAAUAGCAUUAAAUUCCCCAUGGAGGUACUAUUACAGGAGGACAUGUACAAGAAUUACCGCAAAGUGGAAAUAAAAAAGGAUGUAAACAUUCCCAUUUCUUUUUACAUUUCGAGGAGAAGCAUCCACAGUUUUGAUGACCUAUACGUUAUACUUUACCAAACGAAUAUUAUCACGAAUAUAUUAAUUAAUCAGAAGAACUACAUUAAGCAUUGCUAUCUGCUGGCCUUUUCCUUCGUUUCGCAUGUCCUGAACAAUUUGUUGCCAUCUCCGAAGCAUUUCAUUUACUUGUCUCAAUUUCAGAAGCUGAAGAGGUCCCUCCAGAUUAGCCUCUUCCACGAAAUACACCACAUGCACAACAAUAUUUAUUUUAUAUCCUGCUCUAUUGUGCAGAAUAAGCAAAUCGUCAUGUACAAGAUUGUUAACUGUUCCAUGCUUUUGUUUUUGUACGACUUCCUGCUGCGCAUUCCCUGCGUGGACGUGUGCUCCCCGUUCGCCGUGCACUACAAUGGGUUCUCCACGGGGCGGGGCAGUCAUUUGGUCGGCUCCCGCGGGGGGAGCGGGAAAAGCGGUAUAAGCGGCAGAAUCGGCAGAAGCGGUGGCAGGAACCGCGCAAGUCACCACCAAAUGAUGAAACAAUUCUCGAGGGGCGCGGCGGACAACGACAGCUACUCCUCGCUGGACGAAGGCGCGCACGCCGCGAGCGCAGCGGGGAUACAGCUUUCAGGGUACUGCAUAGACAUAUCAGUGCUGGAAUGCUUCAGCAACUUUUUCCUCAUCAUAAAUCCGAAGCUAAACAUAAUGAGGUCAGACAUAAUAGAAUAUUUUUACAAAAUUAACGAAAAGAAAAUUAACAAAAACAGUCAGCUCUUUUUAUUCGAAAAAAGCGACGACAUAGGUACCAGCGAAAUAGAAAUUUUGGAGAACAUCAGUCUAGACUUAGGGUUAGACAGGAAGAAAAAUCACAUCAUAGAAUAUUACUGUGGAGAAAAUGCCCUCUUCAAACAGUUGAUACCAGAAUUUUACCACCUCAGAGAUAUGCUGUUCCUGUUCAAAUCUUACAUGUGUCCCUACGUUGAUAAGUUGCCCCCCGUGCGGAUAUACAAAUACGACGAUAUAAAUUUGCGGUUUAGUUACAAGAACAAGCUGCAUGUGACUGUUUUUAACCGUAAGAUUGACAUAUGUGGGUAUAUGUGCCCUCCGAAAGAUACGAAACUGAAUUUUUUUUCCUUCCUCUAUCAGUUUAUGCAAUCCCAGGAGAGUAAGAAGGACAACUGCAUUUUGACCUACUCCAACCCUAAUAUGUAUACCAGUACGUACAUCGAAAAUGAGCUGGACGUUUUAUACGUAAACGAUUUGCCUUUUUUUCACCCCUCUUUAAAUCUGCGAGAUGUGGAAAUAUUGUUGCAGUAUUUGACCGUCCCGUAUAUUCGAAUUCCCCUAAUUUUGGAGUUCUUCUGCGAUAAAAAUAGAAUUAAGAGUUUCCAAUCAUUUGACAUCCAGCAGCUGCUACUAUGCACUUUAUUCGAGCCGUACAUUUUUAAAAAUAAAUACAAAGUCACGGAGGAGGAUAAUUAUAUACCUACGAAGGACAGGAACAUCUUCGCCACGAAGUAUGGGCUGCUACUCAACGAACUGAUUAUGAGUCCUAAAAACGUCCUCUGCAGCAUUUACUCCUAUUUGGAACUCUUCUUCAGUUUUGAUAAGGAGAACAGCAGCAGCGGAAAAGUCAUCAUGGUGUUCAUCGUCAUGUUGUGCACUUAUGUUAAUUCGUACAUAGGGCUGGUAGUCGAGACGAAUAGGGAAAUACGCAGAAAUUUACGCAACAUUGAAAAUAUUGUGGCAAAGGAGGGACUCCUGCCUGGGGGAAAGCGCACUGAAAAGAAGGGGGUCAUCCCUCAUACGGCGAAACACCAAUCGGGGGAGACAAGGAAAGCAAAACGGAACAGAAGAAGGAAAAAAAAAAAACUUCACUUUUUUAAUAAACUCAGAAAAAAAUUGAUAAAAAAUGAACUCUAUUGCUCAGAUGAUGUUUUCUCUAAUUUGGACACCUACUAUAGGAAGAUAAAAAGAAAACUGGAGGAUGAGGUCCUUGAGGUUUUGCUGAAAUAUGCCAGGCUGUGCGUCCAGAAGAAUGACAUAACGACGUGCUGCAUUUACCACGGGUGCAUUUUGCUAAUCUAUAAGGAUAUCAAAUUUAGGGAGCUCAAUCGAAACAACGUAAAGAAUUUAUUGUCUUCCAUUUUUUUCAUUUUAACUUAUUAUACCUUCAACGCCGAAACGAACUACGCCGAUUUGAAGAAUAUAUAUGGGCUGGGUUCCCUCUUUGUUAAUACGAGUGAUAAUUUGAGCGGAGGGGGGGUGGAAUUCUCCCAAGUGGGUAGGAGCAACGACAGGGGUGCCGCGAACGGAGGGGAAAUCCCCGGUACGGAUGGAAACCCCUCAAAUGACAGCUUCUCCCUGCUCAUUAAGACCUUCUCCCUGUGCGAAUGUGACAUUUUUAUCUCCAUACAUAGGCAUAGAAAUAUGCUCUUGAAAUAUUUGGAAAGAAACGAAAUGGAGCGAAACGUCAUUUUCGAGCAUACCAUCCAUGUCUGUGCGUGCGUGCACGAGAAUAACAAAAAUGAGUACACUAGUGGUGGGCGACUUAAUCGGUUUAACUCAAACAUUUUUUUGAAUUUCCACGCGAAUGAAAAUAUCAUAAGGAAGUGGCUCCCCGCGCAUAAGUUCAAGCACGUGGGGAUUUACACCAUAGAGAAUGUGAACCAAGGCAGGGGCAGUCGCAGGGGGGACGAAGAGAAGGGGGAGGAAUGGCAAGGCGGACGGCGCGGAGGAAAAGAGGCCACCUCGAAUUAUUUUUUCACAUCCUCCGAUUCGUCCGGUUCGACCACUUUAACCGCCUCGUCAGGUUCGUCAGGUUUGACCGGGUCGUCCGCAUCGUCCGCGUCAUCCGCCAAUUCCGACUCCGCUAUGUCCUCUUACGAUGAUGACUUCACCUCCACGGAGGAGGACGAAUCGGAGGAGUGCGAAGAUGUGGGGGAGGCGGGGGACAAAUCGGUGCACAGAAACCACCCAGGAGGUGCCGCCGCCCCCUUGGAGAGGGAAGCGGAGUCAUCCCCGUUUGACCAAAAUGCAAGCGGGAAAAACGGAGGGGAUAAAAAUGGACACCUCGCUGAGGAGGAAGAGGCGAUGCGGACGGAUCAGCCAACUAAUGGGAAGUCCAGAGGAAAGACAAAAAAGAAACGCAAUGGAAAGGGGGAAACGGACGAGGAGGCGGUGAAGAUAAACCAAUUGAAGAGGAAGAAACGGAAAAAAAAGAAGAAGAAAAAGAAGAAGCAAAUGAAGAUGAUGCAAAAAAGGAGAAGCUACUUUUUGGACAAUCAAGAGGAUGGAAGUGAUAGGGAUGGAAUGGGUAGAAACCCGUUACACGACACGGAGUCGCUGCACUCUAACUCGAUAAACCCUAUACUGAAUUUUCCAUCCUUUUUCAAAAGCACCAGUAGAAACACCCCCAGCAGUAGCGAAAAGAGGAAGUUGAGGAGGCAAAGGGCGAAAGCCAGGGCGAAGGCCAAGAAGGACAGCAUCCUCAGCAACAACAAGUACAUUUCGUAUAUAAAAAAAAUCAUAAAAGAAAAAAACAUUCUAAUAAACCUGCAGCUAUUCACCUUCUCCUACAAGGAUAAUAAUAUCAUUACGCUAAACGAUAAUAUGAAGAAGUUUAAAAAUUAUAGAGACGUCUUUUUCAGCAAUAAAAAUAGCUACCUGAGCAGUGAGAGGAGAAAAAGGACCCACCACAGCAGCAAAAUGAAGAAGAAAAAAAAUGUGAAGGUGCUAAUCACACAGUCGUAUAAAAACUUCUGCGCCUUUAACAUUAUUGGGAAGAAACACAAUUUGGAAGUGUGGAGAAUUUCCAACAAGAUCAACUUAAAAAAUUUAAUGAGUUACCAUUAUGAUAAAUCGAAAAUAUUUUACCUCAAAGGUGGCAGCCUACUGAGCGGUAUGAAAUUUAGCCCCACCAAGACGGAGCAGGUUAGUAGCGAAAACGCUGCUGCGGAUAAUCUGAAUAUGACCUGCUUUUAUAACUUCCUCUCGAGCGAAGUCAAGGCGGGGGUUCUCUACGAGCAGGAGAACAACGACACGUACGUGCGAAUCAUUUGGAAGUUUAAAAAAAGUGACAUCUGUGGACCAAAUGGCGAUAACUCCAAGAGCAUCCGAAUGGGUGCAGAGGACGCCAAGGGUAAGGACAUCAACGCCCUAGGGGGGGUGGAUGAUUAUGGGGCGAGAAAGGAUAAGGAACUUUUCGAACUGAAGUCGUUUAAUAUAAAUUACGAAACGCAGAACAUUGAGGGGCUGUUCAAUUUUAAGUAUGAGGAGAACCAGUAUGAUAGCAGCUUGAUCAACACCACGGAGGAGUCCUCCUUCAGUGAUGACACGAGGAUUGCUUCGAAUGGGUUCGACCAGGAGGGUCACCCCGCGGGGGACGCUGGGGAGAGGGCGUCCACCAAGUUGGUGCAGAGCAGCAGCAGUGGUGGUGGUAGCAGCGGCGAGAGCAGCGAGCGGAGUAGCGGAAGUAGCAGCGUGGGGGGAGACCUAUCCAUCUACAUUGCAGAAAAUCAGCUGAACGGUCGCACCAACGGAACAACCAACAAGCAAGCGAUGCAGGGAAGUUACAAAGACCCCGCGGGGGGAAAGCUAAAAAGCGGCGCCACCCAUUUGGAGGCAAAAAAGGAGAAGGAAAAAAAACAAAAUAAAAAAAAAAGCGACAGUCAUGUAGAUAAAGGAGAAGAGGAAGAAGAGCAUGGACUGAGAGAAAUCAUUUUUCGAAAAGACAUGAACUGCAUCUACAUUUAUAACAUCUAUUUUAAGCUGAACCGGUUUGUGAAAAAGCUCUACUACUGCAGUGAUGUGAGGAAGGUGUUCUUCUCGACCAGCAUAAACAGGUGCAAAAAUUUGUUCUACAAUUUUGAAAACAACAACGUGCGCCUUUGUUACUACAACAGUAAGGAGACGCACGACAAGUACAGCGUCAGCAUAUCGAGAAAUCUUUAUAACAACAUCCAGGUGCAGACCUAUUUGAACCCAGUGCACUUAUCCACCUUUGUGCCCAACAUUCUGCUACAGUACUACAGUUUCUGGUACAAUUCGGAUGGAAGUAUUAUUGGCGAAAUAAAGAGUGUGAAGAAGAACCGGAAGAACAGAAAUUCGAUCAUCUACGUUAGGUUGUUCGGGGGAGGAGGGGCUGAUAGUAUGGGUCUUCAGGAGAAGGCCAAAAAGAGCAAAUGCCUCAACUUUGUGAAGAAGGGGUUACUCCUGCAUGGGGGAGAGGGUAAGCAUCAUCCCCUGAGUAGGCACCAUUAUGGGGUUGUACAAAAGUUGCAAAUUUUUAAUUCGCCCAAAGAUUCAAGUAAAAUUACAUCCCUCAGAGUGAACAGCGACUACAGGGCGAUGACUCUCAUCAACAUCCUCAGUUACGAGAAUAACGAGGUGUACAAGGAUUUUUACAACCUACUGAUGAAAUUUGACCACAUCACCUAUUUGCUAAUUUACACCUUGAGUGUGCCUUCCCUUUUCGGGGGGGCCUCCGAACCUGUGGAUGUGAGCGGCUUCCCCGUAACUGUCGACUUGAUAGAAAUCCCGCGGUUAAACUUGACGCUACGAAGGAACAAUGUGGACAUACGGAUGGGCGCAGGUGAACGGGAUGACCCGAGUGAAAACCACGUUGCUUCUUCCAACGCAGCGACGAAGAAGGAUUCUUGUAAGUACCACUUUGAAGAGCUGAACAUGCAUUUAUAUACGGGCAAUUUGCAAAAGUAUAGCUACCUAUAUAACGUAAUAAAAAAGAUGAAUAACACAGUUCUGCUGCAGAACAGCAAAAGUGACUUCUUCUUCCUGGUGUCCCUCCUGAACAAGCCAUUUUUUCUCAACAUUGCAAAUUUGUAUAAAGAAUUUAACAAAAAAAAUAUCCACCUGUGUACCCUCUUGGAGAAGCAUAUAAACAUUUUGCUAAAAAAUCAUAUGUACGUAACUGUAUAUUACCAUCACUUUAAUGUAAAUAUGAAUGUUAAUAAAAAUGUAGAUGUGCUGAAUGAAAACGCGGAGACGGACACGGCGUCCAACCUGCAGUACAUCAUCCUUUCGGUACAUAGUUCGAAGCUCUUUAUCAAUUUUAGAAACAUCUACAGCUGCUUCUUCUUUAUCGUGUAUAAGUACAUACACAAGGAACAUGAGGAGGUGGUCGAAUAUUGCAACAACUUGAGCGUCUGCAAAGAUGACAUUAAGGAGAUAAAAUAUUUGCUCAACAUUUUGAACUACUGUGAUAGUAGCAUAUUUUCUGACGUGGAUUCCUGUGCAUGCAGAUUGAAAAUAUUUAUCACCCUAUCUAAGCAGAUAAAAAUUAUCCUGCGGAAGAAGAGGCAUCGAAUGGGCACCAGAAAAGGCAUGUGGAAUAUGGACCAGUACUACAACAUUUUCCACUAUGUAAAGUCUCUUUGGAAUUUUGACAAAUCAGGUCCGAAUGAUAACAACUCCUCUAGUGGGAAUGAAGCGUAUAACAGCGGGAUGGAUGGUAACCAUUAUUCCACCGGUAGGGGUGCAAACAGAAGAGGCAUGGAUGGUGGAGGUGCCGCCCCACAAGGAAGGGACACCAAAAAUGGAAGGAGAAAAAAUAAUGCGAAUGAUACGGCGAACAAGAGUGAGGACAGCUCGAGUGUGUACGCCCCCUCGGAUAACUCCUCUUCCUACGAUAGCAACUACGUGUCAUCUGAAAAGGAAAACAAAAAGAAGGAAUUAAAUGCGCAAGAAAAAAUCAUCGAUGGGGAGGAUGACGAUUUGAGUGGCAAAAAGAAGGUGGCCAAGAAGAGCACCGAUUUUAACAAAAAAAAGAGUGUAGCUGCUAAGCGUGGAGAGGGUCAGCCGGUUAGAGGCCAAAAAAACGCGCAAGAUAAAGGCAGUAACGCACCAUAUGAAGAAAACUCCAAUGCGCACAUCUACAUAUACUGGGACAUCAUUAAAGACAUGCAGUUUUAUAUAAACAAUCUGAUUUAUAUUAAGGCCAAGUGCAAGUUAACCAUCGAUGAGGAGAUUUUCCUCUACCAAAAUUGUAACAUCAAUAUACAUAAGUAUAAGCUGAUUUAUAACCGGUACAUUAUCCUGAACAGCAUUUUAGAGUCCAAGCUGACCUCGGAUAAGUGCAACCCACUUUUCUUUUACAACAUUUUGAGGAAGAAGCAGCUGGAGAAUCAGGCCAAGAUGAAGAAGUACCAAAUUCAGUACCGGAAGAGGAGCAAAAUUGAUGAGCUGCACCCGGCUAAGAAGUUGGAGAUGCAUUUGGCCUCCCCGGAGGACAGCCUGGCGUAUAAGCAGAGCGGAUACGAUGUGGCGGAGGGGAAAUUACAUCCCGCCGUGGAGAGCAAAACGCGUUUUGAAAAUGUGAAGAGCAAUUUUGAAUCGCUCAAGGGUUGUCUGAGUGGUAGGAAGGAAACGCAGUCAAAGGGAAAUAAAACGAAGGGAAAUAAAACGAAGGAUAACCACCUGGUCGUCUCUAUUAACGUGCCCAAAGUGGAGGCAGUAAAAUACAUCAACAACAUCGACGAGAAUAUAUUCAUGAACAUCAACCUGUAUGACAACAUUGGAAAUAUUAUUAACAACAUGAGUUACAAAAAGAUGGAGGACAAGAACAGCGUGGAGGCGCUGAACUACCUAAACAGUUUGAUAAACUCUUUGGGCAUACAGAACUUUUUUAUAAUCUAUAAUUACUUCAUUAACAACUUGAAUGUGAAAAUAAUAAAAGGGGAAAACACCUUUCUGUAUGGAAACCUCCUCUCGAGGUUCCUAUAUUUUUAUAAUUACAACAUAAGCCAGUAUAGUAAGAUUAUCUACAUAUUCAUAUUCAUCAUUAAUCACCAAGAAAUUGUGAGCAUGUUGCCAAAAAUUGACGACCAGAAAAUGAAAAAGAAUUAUUUAAACUUCUUCAAAACGAAUGACUCUGUUUUUAACUUCUUUAAUGAUAUUUUUAAAUUCGUUCAGAAUUUCCAAAAGGAAAGAAAAAAAAAAAUUAACAAAAAUAUCCUCCCCCUCAUUGUUGACAAUAAUUUGUCUAUAUCCAUUUCGGAUGUAAUUAAGUACCGACUCAUUAUUAACAUAAAUGUGGAUGAUUACAUGUGUGAGAAGAGGGUCAUACAGCCCUUUGACGUGAAGCCGAAUGUGCACGUCGGUUUUGACCUCCUCAACGAGUUGUGCUUCAGCCCGUUUAAGAAGCUGUACAAGUACCUCCGCAGGGUGAAGCGGGUUGGAGAGCCAUCCCCCCAAGUGGUUAGCAACCGAAGAGGAGAAGUAGACCCCAGCUGGGACGCAUCUCCGGGUGUAAACCAAGCCAACCGCUCCACAGCCGCUAAAAGAAGCACGCUCAAUUUUGACUUUGAAGAGAGCAACGUAUUGUGCCAAAAUUCCUACUCGAAGAAUUUCAUCCAGAAUAUGAAGAAGGACUAUAACGCCCACCUGGAGUAUCAGCGGAAGAAGGUCGAAUACGAGUUCGUGGGGUUCAGCGCGGAGGAAAUUAAGAUGACCUUCAGCAAUGUUAAGAAGCUGAAGGAGUACGUGAACAUGUUCGUCAGCAUUAAGGACAUUUUGCUGGAGAUUUUCGUGGGAGACAAUAAGCUGCUCGAAUGCAUCAAUGAGUUCAUCGAGGGGGGGGAGAACGUUACCGGGGGGGGCGGCAAUGAGAGCGGCAGUGGCAUCGGCAGUGGUAGCGAAAGCGGAAGCGAUGGAGGGGGGGCCGGAGAGAAGGAGAGCCUCGCCGAGGAGAACACCCCCUGGAACGAGGACCUCGUAGAUAUAGACGCCCACAACGAGCAAGGCCAGAGCAACAAUCGCAAAAAAGGGGAAGAAGCCGACCAAGCUGCGAACUACUUUCUGUACAAAUUCGGAGUGCUAGGAAAGGCAGAAAAGGAGAUCAAUUUAAAAAUCCUCAUAAGGUGCUUCAUGUCCAAAUACGCGCACGAAUAUUUAGCCAUGAUAAACCCGAAUCUGAAGAAGAAGAGCGCCAAGAAAUUCAUUAACAUCGUCUUGCUCUACAUGCUUAUUAUGAACCGGAAGAUUUUCCUGCACGAGUGCAUUAGCAGCGUGAUAAACAUUUUGAACAUCUUCAAGGUGUACAAUUUGAAGUUGAAGCUUUUGAAGCAGAAGGAGAAGAGCGUGCGGGGCGGGGCCACCUCCAGCGCGAACGGUGCGCUCACCGAGAACGCGAAUGUGAACGAUGGGGUAACCGCUAACUCGAAUGAUGGGGUAACCGCUAACUCGAACGAUGGGGCUACCGCUAACUCGAAUGAUGGAGCCACCGCUAACGCGAACGAUGGAACCACCGCUAACCCUAAUGACGGGACGAACGCCCUGCUGAGCAAGCUCCUGAGCAGACAGCAGAAAAUCAUAAACAAAGCCAUCAACACCAUUCAGCUGGGAACGAAAAACCUCACGCAGCUGACGCUCACGGAGAGGCACUACUUCACCAUGAGGAGCAAAUCUAGCCACCAAAAAAUCGUGCACAAAAAUUUGGCCCACAAUUCAGACUCGUCCGACGUGUCCACGUGCUACUUUUCGAGUGACCAGUACGAGGAGGGGCAGAGAAGUCGCUCCCAAAAGAGAGCGGAAAAUGAGGGGAGAAAAAACAUGAACGGUUUAGGCGGCAAGGUGGACCCAUUAUUGCUGGGUCUGCGCGAGGAAAAAAGAAACGAAGAAAAAGUAACCAACGAGAGAAGCUUACACAGCGGGGAGAGUGCCAACUGCUACUACACGUACGACCCGAGGCUGCUAAUUUUUGAGUACACGAACAAUUUAAUAAUUCGAAAGAAGCAAGUAAAAAUGAUAAAGAAGUUUAAGAGAGAUUUUAUAAAAAAAAAAAAACAGUAUUGUUAUCAAAUAAUCAUGGGAGGAGGAAAGACAACGGUGUUGUCCCCCCUCUACUUUUUAAUCUUUUCCAACUACUUCUUAGUGUUUAACAUGUGCCCCCAGCCGUUAAUCCACUUUACCAUAAAUACAUUUCGAUCUAGAUUUUCAUCAAUUAUAAAGAAAAACAUCUACUACUUCAAUUUCAGUCGAUAUGAUAACAUCACGACCGAUUUGUACGUAAGCCUGUGCAGUGCUUUAGAAAACAAAUACAUUUUGGUGACGAGCCCAACGUGCAUCAAGUCUCUGUUCCUUAAAUUGGUGAGCACCAUUCAGGAGCUAAAUAAUAUAAAAACGUUUGACAUGAUUAAGCAGAAGGCGAAAACGCACAUUACGGAUGCGUUGACGAAAUUUCUAGGGUUUCAAAAUGAGGAGAAUUCAAAUAAUGCCGCUAACACCAGUGGGCUCAGAAAAACGAGCACAGGAUUGUCUGGUUAUGCCUCCAAACAUGGGCACCCACCCUCAACAAGUGAUUACAAUUUGCUAAAAAAGCAACUCGAUUUGUCUGUAAGAAUUUUCGACAUAUUAAAUAAAAGCAUUUUACUGAUUGACGAAAUUGACAACGUUUUGCACCCCCUCAAAAGUGAGCUACACUGGCCGUAUGGCACAAACAGAGAAAUCGAUCUCGUCAACGUGGUGAGGAAUUUCACGGAUGUGUUCAUGAACAACCCCUAUUUGAAGUUUCUGUACGAUAAGAAAAACGACGACGUGGAUAUUAGGAGCGUCAAAAUUGCCGUAGCGAAUCGGAGGGAAGUGAGCGCCAAUUUGUUGAACCAUAUUAGGCAGCUGCGGGAGGAGGAGCAAGCCCAGAGGCAGGCACAGAGACAGUUACAGCGGCAGUUGCAGCUGGAGGGGGGUAACGAGGAGGAGGAUGAAAUGAGGAGGGCAACCCAACAUGGCAAUUACGGAGGUACGGGAGGUAGCAAUUUGUACCAUGCGGAUCUUCCCCGCAGUGACAACAGGGGGAGGCUCAAAAAUGGAGCGAUGAACAAUUUUAAUAACUCCCUAUCAGCGCAGCUUUAUAGAAAGGAAGAUGCGGGUGAUUACGGGGGGGUUCACGGCAACAUGGGAGAAGGUGCCCUAUCAGGGGGUGCACAUAGCUCCAUGGUGAAUGGAGCAGCCAAGUACGGAUCUGUGAGGAUGCCAAACAGUGGAGAGACAGGCACAGCAUAUUCUUACAUCGAUUUGAGCCUAUUCAGAUAUAAGCUCAGUUGGGUUUUGAUCGAUUUUUUUUUCUACCCUGUGUGUAAGAAGCUGACCAUCCCGAUGAACAUCCAUUUCAAUACGAACACGGAAUAUAUAGAGGACCUCCUAAACACGUUUAGCAAAGAGAUCGAGAAGGGGAUAAGAAACCACGACAUUUCACUGAUUCCGCAUUUCCACAUAAUAAAUUUUAAAUGGUAUGAUAAUAUCAUCUGGAUCAUUGCUCGCUAUGUGUACUACUUUCUGCUGUGCUAUAAGAUAAGUGGGGUGUCCCAAAAAGUGAUUGAGUCCUACCUGUGCAUCCCGCUGUGCAUCGGCUACAAUGACAUUAACGUGAAGAACAGAUGCAAAGAUAACAACUUUAGUAGCUCCACUAUAAGGAGAUUACUAAAUAUAAAAAAAAUUUCGAACAAGAAUUACACAACUGAUGCGAGCAAUUUGAGGAAUGAAGAUUUGCAUGUCCUAUCGAGUGACUACCAUUUUAAAAUCUUCGAGCAGAUAAACGCGUUGGAUUACAUUUUGUGCAAAAUUUUAAACCUUUGCCGACUCUACAUCAACGGGAUUUUGCCAUUCGUUUUCUCUAAAGUGAAUACGGUGCAUUAUGGAAUUCUUUCCGCGGAGCAAAUUAAUAGGUGCCAAAUGAUCAUGAGCAAGAGUAGGUACUUCCUGGCUGUUCCUUACAUUGGCAAGGACACGCCCUCUGGAAUGUCCGAAUUUACUAAUGUGGAUGUGGUCGUUUCGCUGACCAUUUUGUCCUAUCGGUACCAGGGCAUGAGGUACUUUGACUUCAUCCUGAGCAUGAAAAAUAUUCUGUACAACUACUCCCUCGAAAAGGACUACGAGCAUGUGCAGAGCGAGUCCUCCGAGGGGAGCACCACUGAAGGGGGAAGCGGUACGCACGCGGGGGGCAGCAGCGAAGGGGGAAGCAGCAGUGAGGGGAGAAGCGGUAGCCAUGGGGAAGGAAGCAGCGAAGGGCGAAGCGGUACCGAUGAGGGAGACAGCAGUAAUGAAGGAGACAGCAGUAAUGAAGGAGGCAGCAAUGAUGAAGGAAGCAACAGUGAUGACCUUCUUGCGGACGGGUACUCCCACUCGAGUGGGGAGCAAGCCUAUGGUGGAGGUUCCGCGAAAAGGAGCAGCUUGAUCGAAGCGGGUAAGUCUCGCAGUGGGGCGGCGCCCACCGAGGAGGCGAGUGGGAAGAGGUCCAGAGAAAAAAAAGAGAGAAACGCCAAUCAAACGGGUGAAACGGAGAGACGCGCCAAACGGACGAAGAGGGAGCUGAAAAACAUGAGCGAUUUGUACAGAGAAGUGGUCGAAACGAGCGGAGCGAAAAUAAGGAAGACGAAAAAGGACAUUAACAACACGAACUUCUUCAUAUACGAUAAUAAUAUUAACAAGAGGAGAAAGCAAAGCAGGAAAAUCAUGUUAGGAAAAAAUUACGUAGAUAAUAUAGACCGCAUAGAUUUAAGUGAUAAGGAAAUGCUUUACGAUUUGUACAAUUUGACCAGAAAGAAUCCCCUACUAAUAAGUUAUUUCCUGUUGGGAAUUAUUCUUAACAAAUACAUCAAGCAUACAGAAAAACAGUUCUCUUCAAACUCCCAAGAUUUGACGAACAACGUUUUGUUUAAGUAUGUCGUAGGGUAUAGUGGAACAAGCAAUGAUAUCCUGCCUGAAGAGAUACACGAAUGCCAAUUUGAAAAAAGAACCAUCGGGUCGAUACUUAACAUUAUUAAUGACCCCCAGAUUGUGAAUUUUAUUUUUUUGCCAUCUCAAAUUGCCCCCAUUGAUAUUUUAAGAAGUCUGGCAUUUUCAAAAAUUAAAUUUAAUAGCCUUAUCGAUACUGGCUACCUGAUUAAUAAUAUCUCUCCAAAGAAAGUCGCCUACUACAUUUUGCAGUUUCUGGACUACAUCGACUGCUGUGUGUAUAUCGAUAAUGGGAAGCACAUGUGUAUGUUGCCUCUGGAGAGGAAAAGGAGGGGAAAGAGGAAGAAAAAAAAAAAAAUAAAUAAAGUUCUCGUGCAGUGCCCGGAAAAGGGGAAACACACCAAGGUGAGUACUACGGAGUGCACAGGGAAGACCACACAACAUGCGAGGGAAACGCGCAAGAAUGGCAAAUCGGUAGCCAAAAAAAGGAGAAGAAAAAACCCAAGCAGAGACAAACAAAGUGGGAAUAAAAUAGAAAGCAACCUGCACCUGAAUGUUGAAAUUAUCCCGCUGCAGGACUGCUACGUCCCAAUUAAGAAACGGUUCAUCUACUUUGACCACAUCAAUACGUUUGGGCAGGAUAUUAAGCAGUACGUGAAUGCGAACAGCCUGGUCACCGUCAACAUCGGGAACGACAUUUCUUCCUUCAGCCAAGGCGUCUUUCGCCUGCGGUCGAUCGGCAUGAACCAGAAGAUUUUCUUCCUCAUCCCCAUGUGCCUCGUCAAGCUGAUGAACGUAAGCACGAGUCUGUUUAAGGACGCAGUAGGGGUGGCAGCAGGGGGAGUAGCCCACCCCAACCACUGCAGCAAACCGCGCGAUGAAAAGCAAUUGCUGAAGAGGUUCGCCAAACGGAAGAAGCGGGUCCUGCGCGAGUGCAACAAGAACUACAGCGAGGACAGCCAGACGGAAUCGGAGAACGGCGUGGGGGAGGCGACCAUGCUCCUGAGUAGUAGCAGCGGGGAAAGCGUGGGGAGCGGCGAGAGCGUUGGGGGCAGUGGACGUGGGCAUGGGAAGAGACCCCCUCCCACCGGUGGGAUAAACAUAAAGGGUGAUGGGACACCUCACCAGGAUGACGGCAUUGAGGACGUUCCCCUGGGGGAAGACGAAGAGAAGGAUCACCCCAGAAAUGCGAUGGACCCGCGGGAAGAGUGCAUGUUCGUGAUCGACUGCUACAAUAGUAUCCACUUGGAUGAAAACUCAAAGGAAGAAGUUCUAAAAGAGCUGACGUACUACCUCAUUCUGAACAACAUAAGCAAUAAUAUAAAACAAUGCGAGCUUCUCUGUGUGCAUGGCAUAGUUAACAUCAUAAAGAGGAAGAGCAUCAGGAUGCUGUUAGGUAAUUACAUAAACAUCGGGGUUUUUAAUUAUAGAGAUUAUUUAGGCAUUUUCAACACAAGCAUCGAUUUCGACGUGCAGACACAGGUACCCUCCAAGAGCAGCUCACUACUUUGCAUCGUCCAGCUGAUUGAGAAGUUUCAGAAUAUUUUUACCAAAGAGGAUGAAUUAUUUCUUCAGGAUAUUAUCUACCGAUACUUUUGCCUACAUUAUGAUAUAUCUAAUAAAACUAUCGUAAUGUAUUUUGACGCCUUUUUUCCCCGAAAGGAUUUUAUGAAGGCCAAUUUGCCGCACGUAAUUUUAGACCUAUUUGAAAAGCUCAAGAAGAUCAAAAAGGACCACUGUGUUUUGUCGUAUAAGAAAAGCUUCGCCAAGAGGAACACCAGCAAUGAGCACAACAUGGAGGAUGAUAACUCGAUCGACAACCAUCUGUUCAGUUUAGAAAAUGAACAGGAGAAGGAGAAGGAACAGGAGAAGGAGAAAGAAAAGGAGAAGGAGAAGGAAAAGGAGAAGGAGAAAGAAAAGGAGAAGGAGAAGGAAGAAGAAAAAAUUACGGAAGAUCAAAAAAAGAAAAAUAUAAAAUGUAAGAAAGAUGAAUACAAGUUGUAUAGAUGGACCAUGGACGAUAUUAACUCAGAUUUAUUUGGAGCAAAGACAAAAAAAAGGGCAGAUCAAACCAAAGGGGAGGAAGCAACUGGUGCUAUGUCCUACAUAAAUAAUAAAGUUGCAGAGAAGUUCACUCGGUUCACGGAAGGGGGCCAUCUGUUUAUCCCCCUAAAUAAACUACCAGUGAAUGACAUCUACAUGAACUUCCCCUCCUAUGUGUAUGUCUCGAAAAAUUUUAUAAAUUCAGAUUCAAUCAACACCAAGAAGGGGAAGAAGCUCAUGAAUGUCCUGGUCGUCAUCGAGUGUGUACACAACGCAGAGGAACAAGUCACCCCCUUGAAUCAGCAGAGACACAAUAACUAUGAUGAAUAUGCAGAAAGAGAAGCUUUGCAAAAUAUCUGGAACAUUCUAAAGGAAGAUAACAUACAAGAGAUUUUAAACAUUUUGGACGUCAAUCCGUUUAAGUAUUCUUACGACUUGGCCAAAGUUAUAACUGACCAUGUGAGGAAAAAUGAGAGUGAAGGCAACAUGUUUGGCAGCUUCCUUUCGCUGCUUAACCGAAUGGAACUUUACUUUAGCAAUAAAAAUAAAAAGUACAUCAUUGUUAGUCUGCAAGAGGCGGAAACGUUGCGUUAUUACAUCCAUAAGAAGUUCAGUAGGCAGAAGGUGGCCAUGGCUCUCUCCGGUAGAUCCUCCUAUUUGGUGAAGACGGAAAGUUUUUCCCUUCCUUCCAAGGGGGGACCAACCAAAAAUGGUAAUUCUUCCCUCCAGGGAUCUUCCGAGAAGAAGGGGCAAGUCCACUCGAUUGGGGACAACAACGCGCAGGUGGAGGGGGGCCCCGGUGUAAAUCACGAAAUGGAGCACUUCAUGGAGGAGGAAAUGUUCCAAGAAAAUUUAAUAAGCGACGAGUGGGGGGUGAACAAUAACCUCUCCAGCAUAGCACUGGAGGGAAGGGACGAAGCGGGAGAGGCGGACGAUAUGGAUCACUUUUUCAUGGAGGACACUAACAAAAAGGGAGCAGAAACAAAGCCAAACGUGACUCAUACAAACAACUGGGGCAUUACACAUGGGGGCGUGGCAGCUAAGGAGGAGCAAAACAUAGAACUGCUAUCCAUCUAUGAGAAGGAAAAAAUGGAAGUCGAACCAGUAAAGGAGGAAAACCUCUUUUCAGAUGUGCACAUAAAUCUGUAUAACUACCACUUCUGGUUCACCCCCAUCGAAAUUACGGACCGAAAUAACCUGAGGAAGUACCUCUCCAGGCAAAUACAAAUAGUGUACAGCGUAUGCAAAUUUUUUAACUCGGAUCGAAAAUUUAUUGACGCACAUGUGAAUUUGUUACUGCAGUAUUUGAAUUUUAAUGCACCCAAGCACCGAUUUAGCUAUUUCAAUGAUUUAUAUCUGCUGAGGAGAAUCAUGAAGGAUAGCCUACUCAAGAGUAAUCUAAAAAUGCCCGAGAAAAAGAGCCUCCUCAUCAAGAAAAAUAUCGAAUUAGAAAUGGUGGAAAAAAAGCUGUUUGAAGGGAAUGGAGAUAUAUAUGCCUUUAAAAUUAUGCAACAAAGUGUCAGGCAAAGUUUAAAAAAGAAGCAGUUAACACUUCAAGAAAUUUUUGAUAAAGACGAUUUAGACUACAUUUGCAGCAAACAGGACAUCCGAAUUCUUUUCGAUUUUUUAAAUAUCCGGGAUAGCAACUGCGUUAAUGUUUUAUUUGACAUUUUGGGCUCCACCAUUUCUUUGCACGAGUUGUGCUUUACUCUGAACCCCGUGGAAAAUAUCAAAAAAACGGAGUUCCAGAAGGACCUGUACACUGAGGAUAAGAAGAGAUAUGCCGAGGACUUUGUUAGUGAAGCUGAAAAGUACCUUAAGAAUUUCAGAUUUUCCCUGACGGAGCACACGUAUUUUAAGGUGAUAUGGUCCGGCAGAAUUUCCAGCCAGCGAAUUGUUCAGGAAGCGCUGGACGGUCGGGAGGCAGCCACGGUUGGCGGAGAGAAGAGGGGUCCCUUCGGUCAAGAGGCUGGCGAGUAUGCUCUUGGCCCUUCGUUGGGUGGCCAUUCGUUAGGCGCCGCAUCGCUAGGUGGUGCUUCCUUAGGCGGCGGCGCGGUGAGGAACGCCCCCCCCAGUGAGCGAGACCCCUACCACAAGUCGCCAACGAACGACUUGCUAAGCGACAUCUUUGGAUUCAACAGGCCGCAGAGAAGCGAGCAGGAGGCCGUGUAUCCCGAGCAGAUGAACCACCAAGUGAGCAACUCUGAGCAGUUUUACAUCUACGAAGCGGAAAAUAUAGACCCUAAAGACAGAGGAAUGAUGAGUAAAAAUAAACAUAAAAUUAUUUUUGGCCAUUAUGCAUCGACCAAGCCAGGGGAUAAUAAUUUCCCCAUACUGGAGAUGACAGACAUAUCGAUCAACAGCAUGUACACGAGUGCAUCUGCCCAGGAAAUUCUUAACCUUUUAUUCCCCUACCCUAAAAAGUAUCUGUUACUGUGGCAUGAGGAUUAUUCUAUAAAAAGCGUCGAUGAGUGUCUGCACAUAUGGAAGCCCGUCUUGUCGUCUGCCCACAUGUCCGGCACCACCUUCCUGGGCUUCGUGGGCACCGUGGGCCCGCACCAGCCCCCCUUGAACAAAAUCCGGGCUCUGCCCAAGUCGCUGGUCAAGGUGGUGCAGAAUAAGAAGUUCGCCACCUUUUACUCGGACAACAGCUUCUCCAUCGAUAACUCCGGCGUCUUCAACUCGCUCAACGUCCACUUUUUCAACGGCCUGGACGUUAAAAACUACGAAGAGUUCCUCUUCAGGAAUUUCUCCCUUAACAUUGUCGCCAAGGCUAAAAAGAUCAAGUCGGUGAACGAAGACAUCUUCAAUUUAUGGGGCGAAGAAAAGCCGCAGGAGCAGGAGGAUGACGACGAGACCUCCCCCGAGUGGGAAAUAAUUCCCCAGUGCUUUUAGCCUUGUUUGCAAGUUGCGUCCGCGUAAAAUGGGCUACGACUUUUUGCACAUUUGUGAAGAAAACGGUGUUUCCUCCUCCUAUUGAGUGUGCCUCCCCCUUCGUUAGCCCCCAGGGGAAAAUUGCUGCCCAGCUGCCCACAUCACGGCGAAAAGGUUUGCGGCAUAUUCUGCACGCGUGUACAUGUGCGCAGUUUUUUUUUUACCCAUUUAUGUUGCAUUUU